UUUCCAUUACUUCAUCUUUUUGAUAGUCUCUAUUUAUAUUGUAGAUAUAUAAACCAACUCUCCAUGAUGAGUACUAGCAAAAAUGGGCUAGAAAAUGGCAAAUCAUUCCACAAGUUUUUUGAAUCAUGGCUCGUUAAACAAAAUCAAGAUUUGGAUCAGCUUGUACGUGCCUCAAAAGACGACGACAACAACAACAAGAACAACAAUGACAUGAUGUUGUCAUCUUUAAUUCAUAGUGUGGUGAAACAUUAUGAAGAAUAUUAUAGAGAGAAAUCACGAUACGCUAUUAGUGAUAUUUUAGGCAUGUUGCACCCCUCAUGGUUAAGUAAUCUUGAAGAUGCAUUUUUAUGGAUUGGUGGAUGGAGACCUAGUAUGGCUUUUCAUUUGUUAUACUCAAAAUCAGGUAUACAACUUGAAGCUAAUCUUCAUGAGUUAAUUAGAGGAUUUAACACAAAAGAUUUAGGAAAUUUAAGUGGUAAUCAACUUGUAUUAAUUGAUGAGUUACAACAUAAGACAAUAAGUGAAGAAAGAAAGCUAAGUGAAAAUUUAGCUAAAGUUCAAGAAACUUUAGCUGAUGCAUCAAUGGUUGAAUUAUCACAUGUUGUGAGUGAAUUAAUGAGGGAUGAUCAAUUAGUUGUUAAUGAUGAAGAGGAAAAAAUUAAGAAAAAUAUUAGUAAAAAAGAGGAAAGUUUAUUGGAUUUGUUGAAAAAAGCUGAUGAUUUAAGGUUAAGUACAAUUAAAGAGAUUUUGAGAAUUUUGACAUCAACACAAGGUGUUCAUUUCUUGAUUGCUGCUGCUGAACUUCAUUUGAGGAUUCAUGAAUGGGGUAAGAAGAAAGAUGCUGCUGUUUCUCAUCAUAAAUGGUCAUGUCAAACAAUAAACGACGAGCCAAAUUCUGAGGGGACGUCUGUCAGAAAUUAGUCAUUCAGAUCUAUUAGAAUGAUACAGAGAAGAUCAACGUGGUACUUAAUAGUUAUGAAUAUUCUUAAUUACUACUUAAGGAGCUAGCCAAAUGUUAUUAGUAUUAAUUACUAGGUAGAUUGUAAUAGGAUAAAGUUCUUUUAAGGGCUUUUUUUUUUGUUUCAUUUUUGUUUAUG